AUGAAACUUUUCUCUUCUCCGUUAUUAUUUUUACUACUACUAUUAGUAUGGAUAUCGGUAUUAUCAACAGGAAUCAAUGCCAAAAAAAGAGAACAAAAACAACAACAUAAAGAUGCUUUGAAAACAUACGAUGACAACGAGAGUUUUGAUGUAAAAGAAAAAGAAAACAAUAAUGAUGAUGAUUCUAUGGAGACCAAUCGAGAUCAUCGAAAUCGUUUUCCAGUUAAAAAAAAUAAUAAAAAUCUAGAUGAUUCAGAUGAAUCAUUAUCACCAAGAGAUCGAAAUAGAGAACAUGGAAAGAAACAUAAAUAUAUGAAAAAAUGCAAACAUGGGAAGAAAAAUAAACAUUCAAAGCAUGAUCUACCUUACAACCGCCAUGUGAAAGAUCGUCACCGUAGUGGUAGACAUUGUCGUAAACAUCAUCAUUAUCAUGAAGACAGAAGUCAUCGAGAUAGAAGACCAAGCCAUCGACGAUAUGGAAAUAAGGAUGAAGAUAGUGAAGAAGAAUUUUUCGAUACCAAUAGAACAAACAAAGGUCGUGGAAAAGGUCAAAAUAAUAGAGACAAUGAAUCACCAACUCACCGACGUGGUGAACGUAGACGAAAUCCUAAACAUAACAAUGAUGAUAAUGAUUCAAGCCGAAAUAAAAACGACCAAGAUGAUAACGAUGACCUUCAAUCAUAA